CUUCCCUUCCCUUCCCCGGAGGCCGGGAUUACAUAACGGCGCCGGAGCGAGCAGCUGCAGGAUUACCAUGCGGAUUAGGGAUUACGUUGAUUCAGCAGAUUGUCCUGUGCAUGUCUGAGAAAGAUUACACCAGCAGAGUUAAGAAUACCCGUUUGCUGCGGCAGUUCAAUGGAUUUUUUCCGAUGCCUGACAAUUUUCUGAGCUCAGAUCAGUUAUGAGCUUCGGACAUUGAAGAGCAGAGUGUAGCUGUGAGCCGGCUCAAGAGGACGCCUUGGGUGGGGACCUUGCUGUUACAGCCCAGUAUCACAGGGAGCUGCCAUUUCAGAUUCUCUUGUAUGGACAGGACACUUAAAAAGCUAGAGAAGCCACCUGAGGUCCCAUGAAAACCAGAGCCAUCUACUUAUAAAGUGCUGUUGCCUCUGACCAAGAACAAAAAUUGUUGUCGGAAUAAUAUGCGAACAGAUCAUGAAGAACUCUGUGGCACCAGUUAUGGAUCUUUUUGUCUAAAUGGAGGGAUUUGUUAUAUGAUUCCUACUGUAUCCAGUCCAUUCUGCAGGUGUAUCGAGAGUUACACAGGAGCUCGUUGUGAGGAAGUUUUGCUGCCCAGCAUCAAAUCCCAAACAAAAGGUGACCUGUUUGCAGCUUUCUUGGCUUCCCUUCUUCUUCUAGGAGUUCUUGUAAUUGGAGCAUUCUACUUCCUUUGCAGGAAAGUUUCCAUUCCAAGGACAAGUUCUUCAGAGUGUGGUGCCAACCUAGUUGAAACUACAAGCAGCAAUGGCUGCAACAAAAUAACAACAGCCUAAAGCAUUAGAGUGGAAGAAUGGUGGGGAAACAACACGCAGAGCAAGCCUAAGAAUCUAAGUUGAAGAGGGUGACAUGGUGAGCAAGAUGAGGGAAGAAAGUUGACUGAAACAGGAGGCUGACAUGUUGGAGAAGAUUACAUCUAAAACUUGAACAGUUGCACCUAAUGGAGUUUCUGUGUACUU